CAUUUUUCGCAUCAGUUCAACACGAUGAAUUGUUUGUGCUGUUGUAGAAACAGCUAAAGUUGAUUUUCCAAAACGUGCGGCCGCAAAAGCGUCGCUUCUUCGUUUCAUUUCGAAUUUUCUGGGUUUUUUUGACACAAUGUACGUGAAAAUUGCGUGUUUUUGUUUGAUUUUUGUGUGUUUAUCGGAGUGUUUACCGACUGUUUAUAAAUUCAACGAAAAUAAAGUCUUGGAGCCAGAUCUUGUGCCAGUAUCUUCCACGGUAAUUCCUCUACCAGUCUAUCAAGUGAGUUAUGGGUUAAACGUAGUGCCGUCCUUAAAGGACGACAAAACAAAAAGACCAGAAGGGCCUAUUACACUAGUGACAGUUAAUAACAAGAAGAAGGCAACACAGCAGACAAAACUGAAACCCCACGACGUUUCGGUGGUGAAAGAAGUCAGCAAGAAAGAAUUUGAUAGCUAAAUCCAAAGGAUAUAUAAAUAUCACUAGAAACACUAGUUCAAACGAGUUACCUUAUUAAUAUGAACCUGACUGGAAUUUCUAACAUAAAUAAUUUAUGAGUAGUCCAUGUUCUCUCACCUUCAACAUGUGCAGAAAGUGCGGAUUAGAACUGAUCUAGGACAAAUUUGAUAAAUAAUAAUUGUGUUUCCAAAUAAACCAUUACGACAUAAAAAUCGCCGCGAAGAUGAUAAACAAUCCAGUUUACUAAUCCUACUUUACUUUAUUUUCUUACUUGUAUAAUUGCAAGUCAUCACUCGACAAAAUUAAUUUCUAUUUUAAGUCCUAAUUAUAUUAAAAAAAUAAAAAACCCAUUAGUUGGCACAACGUACUCACAGUUUAGAGCGUGAUCAGAAAAUUGUAAUUUUCCGUUUUAAUUAAAUAAAUCGAUAAAAAAUCAAA